AGUGCAAAUACGUUUGUGUGUUCGAUGGAUUUUUUGUCAUUAACGAUGUAGCGAAGUUAUUCGUUGUUGGUAAUAUAUUCUGAGUGUUGAUCAGUGACUUAUAAACAAGGGCACUUGUGAACAAUUGAUAAUGAUGGAAUCUCCUGGGCCUGCAAGUACUCAUCUUGGAGUCCACGCUGGAGUGGCUAGUCAAGUUGGACUUGCGAGUCCAGAUUUUGGAAUGGCAGCUUCUGUUCCUCAGACCUUCGAUUUACAAAACGUGUGUUGUGGUGACUCUUCAUCUGAUGCACACUCGCCUGAUUUGCCAGUUGCUAAAGCAAGCGACAGACAAUCGCGUAUUAAUGCUGAAAAACAUCGGAGAAGUCAGUUUAAUUCUCAAAUUGCUCAAAUGAUGUCUUUACUUUCGGAUGUUGUCCAUUCGCAACGAAAAGUUGACAAAACGAGCGUUUUGCGACUUGCUGCUAAUAAACUGCGAAAUGAACAUGUAUUUGGUGACACAAUUAAAUGUCGUCAUGUAGAAACUUGGUCUCCAGCCGUGUUAAAAAUAUUUGACCUUAUCGGAGGAUUUAUGUUUGCUGUCACAUGUAAAGGCCGUAUUUUUAUCGUCUCGCCCAAUGUUCAAGAGAAAUUAGGAUAUUGUCACAUUGAUCUACUCGGUCAGGACAUUUAUAACUAUGUACACAAUGAAGAUAAGGAAAUACUUAGGCAACACAUUUACCCUGCAGAACUACAGACUGGUUGCAAUGUAAAAUUAUUUGAACAGCAUCAUAAUUUUCAUAUCCGAAUAAUGAGAUCAGGUGCUAGAUUAGACCCACCCAGGUAUGAACGUUGCAGGAUAGAUGGCAUGCUUCGCCGCUCAGAUCGAGCCACUGCCAACUCUGUCCAAGAUGAGCAGACCAUUAGAAGGCAGAGAGUAAGACAUCAUCGUACAUUUUCUUCAAGUGGAAAUGACUAUGUCUUUAUAGGAAUGGUUCACGUUUUAUCAAAUAGUUUACCUGCUAGAAUGCUGCCACCAACGGCAUAUUCUGAAUACUGGACAAGGCAUUUGAUUGAUGGUCGUAUAGUCCAAUGUGACCAAAGUAUUUCUCUGGCUGCAGGAUAUAUGACAGAAGAAGUGACAGGAACUUCUGCCUUUGUAUUUAUGCACAAAGAAGAUGUUCGUUGGGUCAUUUGUGUUUUGCGACAAAUGUAUGAUCAAAGCAGAGAGUUUGGUGAAUCUUAUUAUAGACUUAUGUCACGUUCAGGCCAUUUUAUUUAUAUGAGAACGAGAGGUUAUCUUGAAAUUGACAAAGAUACUAAGAAAGUACAAAGCUUUGUGUGUGUUAACAGUGUUAUAGGAGAGAAAUACGGUAAAAAGAUGAUGGAAGACAUGAAAAGAAGGUAUUCUGUGAUGGUAGACUCAGAUAGGUUAGAAAAUGAAAAAACACUGGCUAUUGACGAGGCUCCUGUAGAGCAUCCCAAAAGUUUAGAGCGCAUUGUUAUGCAUUUAGUAGAGCCAGCAACCAGUGAAAGUGUCGAUGAGCUAAAAUUUGUUGCACCAUCAAAAGAACAUAUAAUUUCUGCAAUUAAAAACAGUGAGCGAGUUGUACAGGAAACUGGUGUAAGAUUUGAUACUCGCAAAAGAAAAAAUUCAGACAGUGAUGAUAACAGUGAACAUUUGAAAAGACAUAGUGCAGUUUCUGAUACUUAAAUAUGCGUCUUAUAAACAUUUUUAUAAUUGGACUCAAUAUUUUGAAUAAAAUAUGUUCAUAUUGUUUUAUCAAAAAAAAAAUUUUUUUGUUAUUUCAAUGAAAAAGUUGAAGUAAUUGAUAAACUUUUUAGGGUGGUAAACUUCGAGUCAAUUGGAAUAUGUUUAUAUUACUAAACAACAAUUUCUAUGGUUUUAAGUUACUUUAAGGAGUUGUUAAGUAACUAUUUUUUGCAGAUAAUUGAUAGUGAUAUUACCACUAGAAUUUAAUAUUUUUAUUAUAGUCAUUUUUUUUUUCAAUUAUACUUGAUGUGCCAAAAUUUCAAUAUCUGCAUAAGUAAUUUGAUGAACUUAGGUGUCCAAAGUAAAAAGUUGUCUAAAUUAUCAAGAGAUCUAUUCAUGAUUACAAUAUUAUAAUAUUAUAUGAAAUAUACACAUAUCACAUUUCCUCACUCUAAAUAACCGUUAAAGAUUUGAAAUUUGAAAUCUAUAAUCAUAUUUUGAAGCCGAUCAUAUUUAAAAAUUCUAAAAUACAUUUUGAAACUUUAUUAUUUCAUUUAAAAUAAUAACAAUAAAUAAGUGUGCAACAUAUUAGUAUGGUCAUUGUGAAUUAUAAUUAUUUGUGCAGCUUUUCAGUUACAAUGUAUGUAUUUAUAUUUUGUGUGCCUAAUUCACUAGUCAUAGUGGAAGUCUUUGAUGCAUUUUAAUUAGUUUUAUUUGACAUCUCCGUUGUAAUAUUGUGCUGUAGUAUAAAAAUGUAUAAGACAGUACAUUGACUGAUACCUUUUCUAUUUUUAUAAAGUGUAAAUUAUUUGUAUUGUCAACUCUACAUAAUAUAAAUAAAAAGGAAUUUAGAGAGCACUGAUUGUGUGUGCCAUUUUAUUGAAAUUGUAUAAUAAUUAUCUUUUAAAGAAAUGAAA